UAAAAUAUAAUUUUGAACAAAAGGAAGAAAAAUUCAUGAACUCCAGUGAUCUACAUCAAACCAGGCUACUUGCCGGUAAAUUAAGUACGGUGCACUCCCUUUGUUUUGCACAACUCCCCUUGAGCACGAUUUGCCCACCCCAAGCUUUCGAAACAUUGAAAAUGACGUCACAAAAAGAUCUGUAGAAUCUUUUUGUGGUAGGUCAACACGAGACUGUGUUCACGUGAUCACAUGUGAUGUUCAGUUCAUUGAGUUAUUACGCAACGCAAUCUCCGGACGUUGGUGUCAAAAGGUUUUAUCGCCAAAUAUUUCGCAAAUGCUUCAAAGAGCAGGCGACAAAAUUACAUAAAAUUCACAAUGGAAUCAAGCUUUGUUGCAAAGCUUCUCAAUGGUGCAAUAGCUGGAUCUGUUGGUACAGCAUGUAUCUUUCCACUCGAUCUUGCAAAGACCAGGUUACAGGACCAGAGGACAGUGGCCAAGGCUGGCUCUCAGCAAGUUAAGAAAUUGUACAAAAAUGUCUUUCAUUGCAUCUAUGUUGUUGCAAGGACAGAAGGAAUCAGAGGACUUUAUAAAGGUCUUGGUGUAAAUAUCUUACUAGUAAAUCCAGAAAAAGCCAUCAAGCUUGCAGUUAAUGAUCAAACGAGAGUAUUUUUUGGAGGAAGAACGAGUUUCUUGCCUUUGCAAUAUGAGAUGUUGGCUGGUGCUUUAGCUGGAUUUUGUCAGGUUUCUGUAACAACGCCAAUGGAAUUCUUAAAAAUUCAAAUGCAAGUCUCUGGAAGGAACAAAUCAGUUUUAGCGGCAGAUGGAUCUGCUGUCUCCACGAGCGCCACCCAAGUAGCUGCUAAUCUUAUCAAACAGAAUGGUAUCGGUGCAGUUUAUCGAGGCUUAGGUGCAACCUUUGCCAGGGACGUACCAUUCUCUUGCAUUUACUUUCCACUAUUUGCCUACAUAAAUAUUAAGGGUUACGGAGCAGAUGGAUCAAGACCACACCCUCUUCAUUCUCUCUUUGCUGGUUUAUUUUCUGGAAUGACUGCAUCUCUUGCGGUGAAUCCCUUAGACGUCAUCAAAACACGUCUCCAAGUAUUAAAGCGCGUUGAAGGCGAACCAACCUACAAUGGUAUCAUCGACUGUGCCGUGAAGGUUUUCAAGCAAGAAGGAAUUACUGCGUUUUACAAAGGAGCAAUACCAAGAAUAAUCGUCAUUGCACCUCUUUUUGGCAUAGCACAAAUGGUAUAUUUCUUUGGAGUUGCAGAAACACUCAUUGGGUACACGCAACCAAAGAAGAUUGCCGGCAGAGAUUUCAAGUGAUUGUCCCUGAGGGUAUGUUCGACUCACAGUUUGGAUUAAUGACUAGGUUAGAAUUCAGUUAGUGCCCUUGCUUGUUUAUAGAUGGUGGCGUCGAAUUAGAAUGUUUCUUCUUAUUUCCUAGCCUUUGCUUGGUGUCUGAUGUGGUUUAUUUUUUUAUAUAAUGCUCUCAGGCCAAGUUUUCAAGUAUCAUAUUACUCAUCGAAGUUUAAAUUAGAGGAUUGGGAAGUCAUUAACAGACAUUUUAAUUCGAGCUCACUGAUAUGCUCAUCUAUAGAAAAAUUAACCUCUGUUUUGAGCAAUUAUAUGUUGCUAUUUAAUGGAUAUAGUUAUAUCAUAUACCUUUCACACCGUAACUUGAACGAUAGUUAAGAAACUAUUUCCUAUGACACUUCCUUGAGGGUUUUGUAAAUUUUAAAAAGUUGUUUUCAUAUAAUUCCUCUCCUUUUGAUGCUUGUAAUCAAAACAAAAAGGUCCUCCAAACUGCUUCAUGUUUGCUUAAAUCAAAAAGCAGUAGAACGAAUGUCCAUUAUGAUCGCCUCAAAAGAAGAAGGUAUUUUGAAUUCAAGUGUAAUCAUAAUUGAAAAUUUGCCAAUAUGUUACGAUGAAAUGCAUUCAAUCAUCGAGGCAGCCAAUGCGACUUUUCCCUGU